UGUUAACCAACACAGUGCACACUUUACAUAUUUAUAUCUUAGUAUUAUAAAUAAACAUUGAUUAAUUUCCAAAAAUAUAAUCUAGAGCUGCAAGGCUGCAAUAUAAGUAUCGAAUAGAGAAGCUCCCUGGUUGUGACACGAAUAUUGUGGCUUAGUUAUGGGUUCCGAUGACCUCAGCGCAGGCGAUAAAAUCCAAAAAGGUUUUCAAAUCAACUACAUGAUUUUACGCGACGCCGACACCGGCAAGGUGAUCUGGCAGGAAAACAAGGAUUUCUCAGCACCGGAUGUGGAACACGAGGCGCGCGUUCCCGUCAGGAUACUCGACAUGCGGGCCGUGUCCAGGGAAAUCAACUUUAGCACAAUUGAGGCCAUGGAAAACUUUCGGCUCGAUCAGAAGGUUCUGUUCAAGGGACGCAUCAUGGAGGAGUGGUUCUUCGAGAUGGGAUUUGUGGGGCCCAACACUACCAACACCUGGCAAAGCACCAUCGAAGCGGCCCCCGAGUCCCAAAUGAUGCCAGCCAAGGUCUUAAAUGGCAAUGUGACAAUUCAAACCAGUUUCUAUGACAACGAAACACUCAUCACAAAAUCGGUUGUGCGCUUGUAUUACAUAUGAAAACUGUCACGACUGUGCGAGAGGAGGGGGCUGUGUGGGCGCUACGCCUACCUCACACACACACACACACACAUACGCAUACGCAUACUCAGCACUUCUCUGACACACACUCUCAUUGUCAGGUGUUCAUCAUAUACAUAUGUUGUCACAUACAUAUUGAUCUUCUGCUGCCGUCGCUGCUGCUGCUUCUUCAUUCUUCUGCAUUGCCGUAACAACAACAACAACAACUAGAAAAAAGAAUUCAUCAAAUAUUCUCAAAUUAACUUUUUCAGCUUGGCAAUGAGACAAAUAUGUGAAUAUACUAACAGAAAUAUACACAUAAUUUUUGCGCAUUUUGUAUGCAAUUGUUAAUUGUGCGUUUUUUAAGCUAGUGAAAAUUAUCGUACAUACAUACACACAUAUACGAAUCUAGACUAAUGCAUUUUAAUAUCUACUUUACAUUAUAAAUGAUUGUUUAAUUUAUUAAUAAAGUAUUAACGAAUGUAAUACACCUUAA